AUGGCGGCAGAGGGGGCAGGGAAUGGACUGGACACAGACACACCAGCCGGCAGAAGGGAUGAUAUCUCAUUACAAGACACAGCAACUACCACCACAGCUGCAAGAGAAGUAGAAGAAGAUGUGACAAUAAGAGCAGUGCUCUCACAGCUCAUUGAUAUCACUGCCUUCAACCUGGCUUUCUUAACAGUCACAGAGGCCGCAGCUGCAUCAUGA